GUGUGCUCUCCAGAGUUAAAAUGAUAGAGCUGCAGCUGCCGUAGAGAGGCAGCGCAGAAUUUAUGAAAGGAAGGUUGUAAAUAGUCCAGGCCCUUUCCUGCUUCUCUCUCCACCAGCCUAGGCGGACCUGCUGUCUUUUCCAUUUUGCAACUGGGGCAUUUGUGCAUGAAUCUGAGGCAUCUUGGACCAGCAGCCUUUGCUUGCAGCUCUCGGGAGGUGCGGGAGAAAUGCUUCUUGGUAGAUGGGGACAACCUGUUUCUUUAGCACCAGUGUUCCUCCAGGGAUCCUGAGGGAGAAGAACCCCAUCCUGCACCCCCACAAAAGGAGUUUCCUUGAACCUGCGGAACAGCCUGUUUUAUAGUGAUGUAAUUGCAGGCCAAAGGUCAGCGGCCAGACACUGCUCUGCUCGUGGCCAAGGAGAGAACGGAACUGAAAGCCAUUUGCCUCAAUAAGAAAUGUCUGGGGAGCGGAGGGAAGCGUUAACCCCGGGUCUCCAGUUCCAGGCUGGGCUAGAGCGGGGAGGAAACCCAGACAUGAAAAUGGAGGAACCAGAGGAGCCGGUGGACCUGAAAUCAGAGAUGGGGCUGGAGGCAGCGAGAGAAGACUCUCAUGCCAUCCCAGCGGGGACCCCUGGCCAGUGCCUGAGAUGGAGAGCCCCACAGCACAUCAAGCAGGAACCAGAAGACGGGCUGUCGUCCCAGCGCUGGGAAGCCCAGUGGCAGGAGUUCCUGGGGGGAGUGCAGUCUCCUCGGGCUGGGUGGGCCACUAGACAGCUGCCGGGGGCUGCGUCGUGGGGGGAUACGAAGGUGCCCCUGCUCCAUUUUGAGGGCCCGCUGGCAAGCAGCCAGCGGCUGGCAGAAGGGCCGUUUGGACAGUCGGGGCCAGGCUUUGACCAAAUGAUGCCGGAAGUGAUCAGCAGGCCCGACUCCCGAGACAGAAUGUACCAGAAAGUGAAGGAGGAGGUGGAGAGCGAAGAUGGCGUCGGCACGGAGAGGAACCGCCAGCAUUUCAGACAGUUCCUCUACCAGGAGGCUGAGGGGCCCCGAGAGGUCUGCAGCCGCCUCUGGGAUCUUUGUCAUCGGUGGCUGAGGCCGGAGAAACACAGCAAGGAGCAGAUCCUGGAGCUGCUGAUCUUGGAGCAGUUCCUGACCGUCCUGCCUCAGGGAAUGGAGAGCUGGGUCAGGGAAGGCAGACCCGACACUUGCGCCCAGGCUGUCGUUCUGGCUGAAGAUUUUCUGCUGAGGCACCGAGAGGAUGGAAGACAGGAACAGAAGGGCGCAGGGAUGUUUCGUGUGGUGACUGUGAAUUUCCCUGACACUGAGCGGAGUCUAUCAGAUAACAUGUUGAGGCAGCCUGGCACCAUUGUCAAGAAGGAAGUUGAAGAGGACGGCCACCCUCUGGAUGAUGGACAUAUGAAUGAAAAUGAGGAGGCAGCCCAGUGGAAAAAUCCCCAGCCAUUGGAACUGCAUGGGUCCUCCCAAGAUCGAGUAGAAGAUUUCGGCAGGUUUCGUGAGGCAGAAGAAAUCUUCAGUUCUCAGAACAGAUCAAAGGGCCCACAAGAAAAUAACCCAGAGCAAGCGGAAGGGAACUCUUCAGGAGGGAAGCAGACUCUGUGCUCGAACUGUGGGGGAAGUUUCAAUCCGAGCUCAGGGCUCCUUGGGCCAGAAGGAUUCCCUCCGGGGGUGAACCCAUACAAAUGCUCCGUGUGUGACAAAAGUUUCUGCCAGGUAGCAAAGCUCAUUGCCCACGAAAGGCUCCACACAGGAGACUGGCCGUACAAAUGCUCUUUUUGCGGGAAGAGCUUUAAUCGGAGCUCGGACGUCUCUCGACACGAGAGGAUCCACACGGGAGAGAAGCCGUUCAAGUGCACCACGUGCCAGAAAUGCUUCAGCCAGAGGUCCAAGCUGAUCGUGCACGAAAGGUUCCACACGGGAGACAAGCCUCACACGUGCUCCUAUUGCGGGAGGAGCUUCCACCAGAGGUCGGAUCUCGUGAAACACGAGCGAAUCCACACGGGCGAGAAGCCGUACAAAUGCACCGACUGCGGGGGCAGUUUCCACCGGAGCUCGGACCUUGUCAAGCACAAGUGGAUCCACACAGGGGAAAGGCCAUACAAGUGCUCCACGUGCGAGAAAUGCUUCAGGCAGCGCUCGGCCCUCCUGUAUCAUGAGCGGACCCACACAGGAGAGAAGCCCUACACGUGCACUGCCUGUGGGAAAGGCUUUAGCUGCAAAGCGCACCUUGUACUCCAUAAAAGGACCCACACUGGGGAGAAGCCUUACAAAUGCAACUUCUGCGGGAAAAGCUUCACCACGAGUUCGUACUUUGUGAAACACCAGAGGAUGCAUUUGGGACAAGAAACCUUGCCAGUGCUCUGAACAGAGGAAGAGCUGCUCUGUUAGACCUUCUCAGAGCAGAACCACACCAUCAGCAGGCCCACAUGGCAAAUCUGUAACUGGAAUAGGCCACUUCAGGCUGCAGGUGAGAAAUUGAAUAUUUGGAUGCUUCCCUCUAUAUUUUUUUGUUUAAGUGCCCCUGCAUAUAGAAAGCUAGCAUGUCAGGGAGAGGCUCCCUGACAUGUUAGUUUUCUGUGUGCAGGGAUAAUUCAUACAGAGUGUUGCCUUCAACUAUUCAGUCAUCUACCUACAGUCUGAAGUGGUACAGCCCCACCACACGUGUCAUCACAGGCCUGCUGAUAGUUGCGAGAGGAUGUUAUAUUUUAGAAUGGUCAGAGGUGAGAAAUCCUUUGAGGGCAGGUGAAGGGAAAUGAAACUGAAUGAACCCGGAUUGCGUGUGGAAAAUUCUAUUAGAGAGAAGACCUAUAAUUGCUUGUGUGAUGGUCGGGGGAAAUCUCAUACCUCACGAAGCCAGCUAAUGAUAUAAAAUGACAAGUGGAGAUAAUGAAUAGAGUGAAGGGUUUCUCCAUUUUCUGGAACACUAGAACUUGGCAGGGCCACUCAGUUAAUAAACGAGAACAAUAAUAAAUAGUUCUGGGUCUAGUCCAAAACACAUAAGGAAAGAAGCUCUGCCCAGAGAGGCUUACAAUCUUGUAUAGAUGAAACUGUUAAAAUAAAGAAAUCAAAAUAUUUAAUGAUAUGGAGGAAGAAGGAUACUGGAAUUUAGAACAUACCUAAUUGGCCACGUGGCUUAUUGGCAAUGGAUCUUACUGGAUUCAGACCUCUUCAUAUGGUGCAUAAUUAACUUGCAGAACUGACUGCCACAAGAUGUUUAGGCCAAUGGCUUUUUUUUUUUUUAAAGGGAUCAGAAACAUGCAUGGAGGAGAGCUCUAGCAGUGGGCUAUUAGCUAAAUGAUAGCUAAAUGGAACCUCCAUGUUCAAAAGUAGUAUAUCUCUGAGAACCAAAUGCUGGGAGCAAACAGGGAUGAGGUUGUUGCUGUCUGUCCUGCUCAGGGCCUUCCCAGAGACAUCUGGUUACUGCUAGGGAUGGAAUAUGGUGUUCAAUGGACCUUCAUUCUUGUCUGGUAAGGCGAUUCUCAUAUUCCAGUCGACAGGGAAACCAAGAGGACACUAACUUGCUUCUUAGCCAUUUGGGAAAAUAGGUUUUGCACUGAAGACUUUAUGCCAAGGCAGACCUGGGCUUGGUGAGCUCCGUUCUUAAGGGAAAAGUGCAACCCAUGAAUGUGUAAGGACGAGAAUGCAAUGGGGUCUGUUCAUUUUCCCACCUCGGCCAAGGAAGAGAGGUGGAAAGACAAGAAUUGUGUGUACAUUUAUCUGCAUGUACUGCAUGGGAAUCGACAGCAUCCAAGGGCUGCCUCCUUCAUGUCCCAUUGGUUGGCUUCCCAGAGGCAUCUUAUUGGAGACGGAAAUGCUGGACUUGGUUGGCCUUUGGUCUGAUCUGACAGCACUUGUCUUCUAUUCUCAUGCCUGGUGUCCGACAUGGGCUGCGGGGUGUGAAGGGGUCUUGAUCCUGCUGUGCAUUUGAUAUUGUGACAUUGGGGACUGUGUGUACCGGCUCCAGAACUCAAAAACUCGUAAGAAGGCCGAACACGUCUAUGAAAAUCUUACCCACUUAUCCCAAAAUGGCUCACCACCUUUUUCUUUGCCACAUCUCAGGCAAAAUGACUAUUUCGUGACAGACUGCAGAAAGGAAGUGGCUGGCCGAAAGUUAUUUGUGAAGGAAAACCCUUUGCGGGAAACAUGUGAAUGGAGCUCUGUAGAUCCUUCUUCCCUCCCCUGAAACUACAGGCUGAAUUGUUAAUAUAUGUGGCUCUGGCUCUCUGGCCAGUAACUGCUUUUUAACUAGUCAUAAGCCUGGUCAGUAUAGGCAGCAGGAGGAGGAGGUGGUUGGAUCCUGAGCUGCUGUGGCAGGAGGUGCCCUUUUUGAAUGCUUCCUUGAGUUAAACCUGCCAGCCAACCAACCAUGCAAGUGGAAAGAUAGCACAUCAGGGAGCCAUGUAAGUAUUUGAGAGCCUUUAGACUGCGAACACCAUCUCCUUCUCCUUCCUUUUCUGUGAAAACUGCUUUUCUGUGAUAACUUUUUGUUGAAAAGCAGUGUUGUAUAGCUAUUUAUACAUAUAAAUAAUAGUAAUAGUAGCAGCUCAUUCCCUGGUUUGCUAGUUUUCUACUUGCAGUGAGAUUUUAAAAGCACACACACAGACACACAAAACAGGGAACAUUCAGAAAUGGUACCUCCUGCGUGCAGUCUGAAGUGGUACGCUCCAUUCUGCCACCUUGGAAUCCAGUCACCUCAUUCCACUGUAUGGGUAGACCAAACUGUAUUUUGGUAGGAAAUGCCAGUGAUAUGGCCAUUGCCCAUUGACUCAUUCCUCUAUGUGGCAAAGGGCUUUUUAACCGUCUCCUCCCCAGAGCAAAUAGCAACAGAGCUUUGGCAGAGUGCUCUGCUUACAUGGCUCUGCCUUUUACUCCCAUUCACCAUUGUCUCAGCCUAUAUAUAUUUAUAUACCGCUUUUCAACAAAAGUUCCCAAAGCUGUUUACAUAGAUAUACAUAAACAGAAUGGCUCCCUGUCCCCAAAGGGCUCACAGUCUAUAAAAGAAACAUGAUAGGACACCUGCAACAGCCACUGGAGGGAUGCUGUGCUGGGGGUGGAGCGGGCCAGUUGCUCUCCCCCUGCUAAAUAAUCACCGCUUUUAAAAGGUGCCUCUUUGCUCAUCAGGAGCCUCUGGCAGUGCUUAUGCUGAGGAGGAGCCCUCUGCUAUGGGCAUUUCCCGAUGGAGAAAUGCUCUCCCUGCAUUUGCUAACUGUGUUACAUAGCUCCUUUUUGCACAGGGUGUUUCAUUUAUCAGUAGGGUGUCUAGAUUGCUUCCUUCCUCCAUGCACUAUUUCGCAGUGCCAUCUGCUGGCCAUUUGUGGGAAACCCAUGAUGAAAAUGGCGUUUUUUGAGACUACUUUAAAAGUUUGAUUUUCACCUUGGGUUUUCUGCAAAGGGCUAAGAGAUGGAGAUGCAAAAUAGCGCACGGGGUCCUGUAGACCAGUUGAUCAAUGCAGUUACAGUGCCUGAAAGGGAGGUACGUAAUACAGACAAGUCGAUAAAUGCGAAGACCUUCUGUUUUCAAACCAAGUCUCUCUCUCUGGAAAUGCCCUAUAUCUUGGGUUAUGUGGGAGAAAACAGCUGCGAAAGGGGGGAAUCUUUGGGACUGUGGGCAACGGGGAGGAGAGGGUAAGAUGAGAAGCCCCCGAAGCCUGGAUUGCCAAUCCUAGGCAUGUACGCUACUUGUAGUGUCACUAUGAGAAGUCAUGCAAUGCAGUGAUUCCCAGCCUUGGCUCCUCAGAUGAUGUUGGACUACAGCUCCCAUCACCUCACAUUGUGGCAGGGGAUUGUGGGAGUUGUAGUCAAGCAAUAUCUGGAGUUGUAGUCCAACAGCACCUGGGGACUCAGGGCUGGGAACCCCUGAUGUGAUUUAAUUCUGAAUGCCUUUCCUUUGCUGGAACUUCCAACUAAGGACUAUUGGUGGAUACUGUAUCAUCUAAAUGGAAUCUGUCCCCCCCAUUUAUGUUUUGGAAAAUGCAUGGAGUAAAUUUCUAUUGCUGUCCUUUGAUUGCUGUCGUUUGAGAUGCUGAGGUGUUUUUGUUUGUUUGUUUUUUGCUUGUAUAUAACCUGCACUGUCUAUGCCUUGACCAGCUGCAUAUAUGUACGGUCAACAAUGCCAUUCAGGUAGCCAUGACUCUUAAUGUCCAGCUAUGCAACUUUGGAAGCUUUGCUUGCGACAUUGACCCCACCUCACCCCACCCCGACUCUAAGCCUGACUUUGCCAAAGAACUCUUUGCCUUAUUCCAGCCUUUUCGAUACGUCUGCAAAAGUUACUAGUCCUCAGUAAAAUUUUUAAAAAGGUUGCCCUCAUGGACCUUUUAGUUGUGACAUGUUGACAGCCUGGAAGGAGGAGUUUAAAAAGGAUCGGCUCUUUACCAACUUUAUAAGAGCAUUCCUCCCUGCUUGCCUGAAAUAAUCAGGUAAGUAGUUAUUUCUAAACCUGCCUUACUUCACAAGCUCUUGAAUUGUUCAUACAUUGGAAUAUGAACUUCUUUGAGCUUUUAGAAGAUGCUGCAGAUACACCUCCUGGAAUAGUGUCCUGGCAUCUAAAAUACAUUUAUGUGCAAUGCAUGGUACCUCUCUAGAUUUUCUGUGUCUGCCUUCUGGCCUUUUGUGUAUUUUUUUUUUAAACUUUAGCAGUUGGCAUAUAUAAAGUGUCUUGCUGUACCUCUUUUAUGAAUAUCCUUGUAUGCCAUUGUGAAAAACACCACCAACCUAAUGGAUCUUCUUUGAUCCAUUAUAGAUAUGAAGAAAUUGGACUCGUUCUUGCUUUGAUAUGAAUGCUUGUGUUGUGUUGCCUUCUUGACCAAACUGCGGCUAUCUUGUUUCGAUUAACAGAUUGAGCUUAAAGCCGUGAAGUUCCAUUUGCAGAGGAGCUCCUCGAUUGGGAAGUGAUCAGCCAUGGCUUUUCCAAGCCCGAAAUAAUAUUCUAUUCAAUACUGGAAAAUCCAGUCCAGACAAAACACUGACAGGGAAGUUCUGAAGCAGCUUCUGGGUUUUCUUCCUUACCUUCACUGUUAAUUCCAUUAUUUUGGUCUAGGAAAUUCCAUUUACGCUGCACAUGACACAAUUCUGCAUGUUUAAUGAAGCCAUUGGACUCAUACUUGGGAUUGGCUAAAGGCCAUAUGGGUUGUGACAUACAGGCACAUACCCAGCAGGGGUUUCUUGACCAUAAAAGGCGGUGUCUAGGGAUACUUGGCAUUCUUCAUCUUGGCUCUUAUGACAGGACUUUGUCUGUGAAACGCAUGCAUGACAGGCAGCCUGUCUCUGUUUUCUGACUUGAAUGGUAAUGACACUCAAAAUCUGAUACCCUGCCAUCUCUAGCUGCCACAGCUGAGGGCAGUGCUAGCUAGUGGUUUUUAACAGUGAUUAUUAUUGUCUUGUACACCAGUUUUGUGUGCCUGUUUAUGCUGUUUUCCUGAAAUAAAAAUCCUUUUGAUUUAA